CCCUUCUGAAGUCUUCAGACACGCACGCGCAUACACAAGGGGCAGUCCCUGAGCGCGCGCUGUCAGUUGGCUAUCGGUGAACUUUGGGACGAGAUGUCGCGUGAGCAGCGGAAUCGCAGUACCCGUGCAUUCACCAAUCAUCAGCUGGACUGAAGUGGAUCAAUUGAAAUCGCUUCCCGUUGUUUUCUUUUCGCAGGACACUAACCGGAGAGCAUGACCGAGAAGCGGAUCUCGCGCUGGUACUUCGGCGGCAUCGCCUCGUGCGGAGCGGCGUGCUGCACGCACCCGCUGGACCUGGUCAAGGUUCACCUGCAGACGCAGCAGGAGGUGAAGAUGAGGAUGAUGGGGAUGGCCAUGCAUGUGGUGAAGCACGACGGAGUUCUGGCGCUUUACAAUGGCCUCAGUGCCUCCCUCCUCAGACAGAUGUCUUACUCUCUGACCAGGUUUGCUAUCUAUGAGACAGUGAGGGACAUGAUGGGCAGUCAGGGGCCAAUGCCCUUCUACCAGAAAGUCCUGCUGGGGGCAUUUGGAGGGUUUACAGGAGGUUUCAUUGGGACACCAGCAGACAUGGUUAACGUCAGGAUGCAGAACGACAUGAAGCUUCCGCCCGAGCUCAGGAGGAACUAUAAGCACGCUCUGGAUGGGCUGUACAGGGUUUGGUGUGAAGAGGGAACGAGGAAGCUGUUCUCGGGAGCCACCAUGGCGAGCAGCAGAGGUGCUCUGGUGACUGUAGGACAGUUAGCGUGUUAUGAUCAGGCCAAGCAGCUAGUGUUGGCCACCGGAUUCCUGGGAGACAACAUUCUCACUCACUUCCUGUCCAGCUUCAUCGCUGGAGGAUGUGCAACGUUUCUGUGUCAGCCGCUGGAUGUGUUGAAGACUCGCCUGAUGAACUCUAAAGGAGAGUACAGGGGAGUGCUGCACUGUCUGUCUGAGACCGCUAAACUGGGACCACUGGCUUUCUACAAGGGAUUAGUUCCAGCAGGGAUCCGAUUGGUCCCUCACACGAUUCUCACCUUCAUGUUUCUGGAGCAGCUGAGGAACUACUUUGGCAUCCGGGUGAUGAGCUGAGCCCAAGCUGUGACCAUUGACCUUUCGUCCACUCCCACUGCCAUGGUGAUGAUCCUGGACUGAGCUGGAACUUGGACAUGCCCUCUAACGCACGCACACACACACACACACACACACACACACACACACAUAUACACACACACACACACACACC